UACCUGCAGUCAGUGGAACAAAAUCUGCUGAAAUGUGGACUACACUUCUUUUUGUAGGUGCAGCUCUGCUUGCAGCAGUAACAUCUCCGGCUGCAAGUAACCCAACCUUUCAAGAGACCGGAGAUUGCGAGGCAACGCACGAGAAUCUGUACAAGUACACUGCCAAUGAGGAAUACUUCGGAGACGAAUAUGCUCAAACCUUUGGGAUAACCAUGUACUUCAAAGUUUACUGCUUAUCUGUUGGAACGUAUGGAGACAAGCGAGCGAAAGAGUAUGAGUUAAAUGUCACCAAGGCAGAAGUUGGCGGAACCGUACUGGACACGGAGGAAACUGAGGAACAACAAGCACAGGACGAUUACAAUGUCCUACUGCAAGGAUGGUUCCACUUUGUUCAGACGGAGGAUGGAUCAAUUCCAAUCAUCCGUCAUUCUAAAGAGGAAGAUGGAGAGGUUAUCAACACGAAAAAGGCAAUUGUUGCAGCGUUCCAGGCAAACUUCAUGGGAACAGAACAGAAGGAAGAAGCCGAUCCCCAGUCACUGCAUACAUCUCACUACACGUAUGAAGUAAGUGCACAGGAUGUGGAAAAUGGUGUUCUUCAAAUGCAUCGCGCAGUAAAUUCGGAGGAUAUUGAAGCCUACACCUCUCAUAUACCUGGUGCAGAGGUAGAAUUGAGGAAAAAAGAAGACAUUACCUACAAAAAGGGAGUCCUCCUUGGUGCAAGUGGAACAACAACUGUAAAACUCUUCGGAAAG